CCGCCCUCCACCUGCCUUAUAAGGGAGGCAAUACGGUCUGACUUCGGGAGACUAGCGUCUCACCGCGUUCUCGUUGGCGUUGCUCUCUCUCUCGUUUACCACGGAUUUUCAUGUGCGUCUGAACACACUGCGCUCAUAAUGGAUUUUCUGCACGCCCUGCUGGGCCGCAUACAGAGCAAGCUUUCGUUCGUUUCGGUACAGCCAAUAAAUUGGAAGCUAUACGUGCAGUCCUUCUCCUGGGGCGUUACACUUUUCGAGUCCUACCUACUUCUGCGUCAAUAUCCCCUCUACUCAAAGGCGGCCCCCCCUGCCAUCCUUGAAGGCCACUUCGACAAGGACACCUUCGAAAAGUCCCAGAGAUAUGGGAAGGACAAGGCCAAAUUCUCCCUCUUUGCUGGGAUCUACAAGCAGGUUAUCGACUCGGCCCUAAUUCAAUUUGGUGCAUACGCAUGGUCUUGGGAUAUUGCAGGGAAGAUACUUAGCAGGUUUGGAUAUGGCCCGGCGUACGAGAUACCACAGUCGAUACUGUUCUCUGCGGUGCUCUUUUUCAUCUCGUCUCUACCCUCGCUCCCCCUCUCGGUCUACCAAACCUUCGUCCUGGAGGAAAAACACGGCUUCAACAAGACCACCCCUUCCCUGUUCGUCACGGACAUGCUCAAGGGAUGGGCGCUUGGCUUUGGAAUUGGUGCACCCUUCCUCGCCGCCUUCCUGAAAAUAUUCAAGUGGGCUGGCGACCGCUUCGUCCCGUGGUUGAUGGGCUUCCUGCUCGCGUUCCAGCUUAGCAUGGUCGUGCUGUACCCGACUGUCAUCCAGCCGCUGUUCAACAAGCUUUCGCCGCUCCCCGAGGGCCCGCUGCGCGGCAGGAUCGAGUCGAUGGCGUCGAAACUGAAGUUCCCGCUCAAGCACCUCUAUGAGAUCGACGGAUCGAAGCGCAGCUCGCAUAGUAACGCGUACUUUUUCGGACUGCCCUGGAGUAAGCACAUCGUCAUCUUUGAUACGUUAAUCAAGGAAAGCCCGCCGGAAGACAUUGAGGCUGUACUAGCGCAUGAGCUGGGCCACUGGUACUUCCUGCACCCGUCAAAGCUCCUCCUUAUCUCCCAGGCACACAUUUUCACAAUACUCUCUCUGUUCCCCGCAUUCUUGCACGCCCCGCCGGUCCUCCGCUCGUUCGACUUCCCCGAACAUGUGGCACGGAACCCGCCUACCAUCGUCGCAUUCCUCUUAUUCCAGAUGAUAUUGACGCCAAUGGAAGCAGUCGUCGGUAUCGGCCUGAACUUCAUUAGUCGCCAAUUUGAGUGGCAGGCCGACCGCUUCGCGACCGAGCUCCCCGCGAAGCUCUUCCAGGACAACGCCGCCGGGAAGCUGCAGUUGAGCGAGGAGGAGAAGAAGGAGGUCGAGGACAUGGCGGAUAUGGGCGAGCGGCUCAAGCGCGCGUUGAUUACGCUGCACGUAAAGAAUUUAUCCACUGUUUGGGUGGAUUGGCUAUACUCGGCAUACCAUCACUCCCACCCGACACUGACGGAAAGGCUGAAGGCUAUUGAGGGGAUUCAGAAGCGCGCACCCAGGAUUGCCGCGGAUAGCGCCAAAAAGGAGUUGUAGUGCGUCUUGCUCUGUACUGUGAAAAUAUAUUAUAUUGCUCUUGUUUUGGGUUUGGU